UAUAGAGAUAGAGAGAGAGACAGGGGGGGAGAGAGAGAGAUGGAGAUGGAAGGGUUGCAAAGGUCUGCAAUGUCAUUCAGAAGGCAAGGCUCAUCAGGGCUGGUUUGGGAUGACAGGUUCUUAUCAGGAGAGCUCAACCAAGUAGCAAACCCAAAGAAAGAAGAAGAAGCAGAGGAUGGAGGCGAAGACAAGCUCAAGGUAGAAGUAGAAUCCAAAGAGCCAACGAGAUCAGAGCAAAGGUAUCAUCGGACGGCUAAGGAUGUUGCUCCCACAAUUGACCCUCCUUCUCCCAAGGUCUCCACCUGUGGCUUCUGUACCAUGUUUGGCAAAUCCCACAAACCUAACAAAUCAGCCAAACGUAAGCCCAAGUUCUUAAAGUGAUCAUUCCAUUAAUUUCCCCCUUUCCCUUCUGGACAGUGGCUUGCUUCGUCUUCUUCUGGGUGCUUUUAGGUUUUUUCUUUUUGGUUGCUGGGAUUUUGAUGUUCUUGAUGUCUUUAGAUAUAUACAUGAUUGUAUAAACAUAUUAUAUAUAUAUAUAUAAAGAUAUCUGUCUCAAUACCAAUUGAGGUGUAAA